CCUAUCACCAAUAUUACUGCAUCCUGCAGGUCUCAUGGUCUAGCGGUGGAGCUGACCCCCCGUACCUCCCUUUUAUCUUCGUGCACUGUUCGCACCACACCACCCACUGGGUUCCAUGGGUCUGUCUCCUGAUUUAUUGAAGCUAACCCUCGGCCAUCUCCACAUUCGCCUCUUGCCUCUCUCUCCAUGAGUCUGACAAACCCACCCUCAUCCUCCGGCCCGUUAACUGCUGCUUCGUCCAGGCCCACUGCGGCCACCGUCAGCCAGAGUCUGUCUCUGAAAAAGAACCUGCAGGCCGCUGUUGAUGGUAAUAUCAGUUAUUAUUAUCUUCUAUUAUAAUUCUCGUUUUUUUUUAUAACCUGGUACCUUUUCAUUCUCUUUGUUCAAUCGAUUUUCUUUUAUUUUUUAGGGUUGCCAUGUCACGAUGUACCCUGAUUGAGUGAAAGAUAUUCUUGUCUGCAAUCGUAUGAACACCUAUAGUACCACUUCUAUAUUACACCUUCACAAAGAAGGCGAUCAGUUGUCCACCAAGAUAUUCUUUGCAUUUUUCUUUCAUCAUGUUUGGAAGGAACUUCCCGUUCUUCAACUCUAUCGGCGGGUUUUAUCCACGUGAGCACCUAGAUCCAAGGAAGCCGUCUGGAACUGGAUAUACCAGCAAAGUCCGUGUCCGCGACAAAUACCACAUCGUGGGAUUCAUUAGUAGCGGCACUUACGGACGAGUCUACAAAGCCCUUGGCAAAAAUGGUCAGAAGGGUGAAUUUGCAAUCAAAAAGUUGGCAGGAUCCAUCCGUUCUUCCGUUAGUCUCGGAUCGCUGACCAGUCGCAGGUUUAAACCGGAUAAAGAGGGAGAGAUCAUCCAAUACACCGGCCUCUCACAGUCUGCCAUUCGGGAGAUGGCCCUGUGUUCCGAACUGGAUCAUGCCAAUGUCGUACAGCUAGAAGAGAUUAUCCUUGAGGACAAGGCCAUUUUCAUGGUCUUCGAAUAUACAGAACAUGAUUUACUGCAGAUUAUUCAUCAUCAUACACAACCACACAGACAUGCUAUUCCAGCCCCAAUGGUCAGGUCGAUUCUGUUUCAGCUUCUCAACGGUCUACUCUAUCUCCAUACUAAUUGGGUAUUGCAUCGAGAUCUGAAGCCAGCCAACAUUCUGGUCACGUCAAGUGGCGCCAUUCGUAUCGGAGACUUGGGUCUGGCUCGUCUCUUCUACAAACCCCUCAACUCUCUUUUCUCGGGCGAUAAGGUCGUGGUCACGAUUUGGUAUCGUGCCCCAGAAUUACUGAUGGGUAGUCGUCAUUACACCCCAGCUGUCGAUCUCUGGGCCGUCGGAUGCAUUUUUGCAGAGCUUUUAUCCCUCCGCCCCAUUUUUAAAGGCGAGGAGGCCAAGAUGGACAGCAAGAAAACGGUGCCAUUUCAACGUAAUCAAAUGAUGAAAAUCAUCGAAAUCAUGGGUCUCCCCACCAAAGACAUUUGGCCAGGCAUAGUGUCGAUGCCCGAAUACUCCCAACUCCAGUCACUAGCCAUGUCACGUGCUCCUGGACAUUUUCCCCGGUCUUCGAACCUGGAAGGCUGGUAUCAAAGCUGUUUGAAAAAUGGCGGGUAUGCCACCUCGUCCGGUGCCGGAACCCCUGGGGCAGAUGGGUAUGAUCUGUUGUCGAGAUUACUCGAAUACGAUCCUACCAAGAGGAUAACUGCGCAGGAGGCACUAGAGCACCCAUACUUUAAGAACGGAGGCCCUAUCUCCGCCAACUGCUUCGAGGGCUUUGAAGGGAAAUAUCCACACCGUCGUGUCACUCAGGAUGACAAUGAUAUCCGGUCUGGAAGCCUGCCUGGUACAAAGCGGAGCGGGCUACCAGAUGAUAGUUUAAUGGGACGCGCCUCGAAACGGCUCAAAGAAUAACCUAAUUAUCGUCGAUACGUUGAGAACCUAUUUAUACUUUGGAGCGGGAGUAAUUGCGGGCUUUUGAAUCUGCAUACACUUCAUUUGUCGCAUUUUGCAUUGGCGUUCGUUUGGUUUUGCUGCCGAGAUGGCAUGGUAAAUUUAGCAUAUCUACAG